AUGGUCCCCCAGGAAGGGGCAGACUGGAAGGCCCCAGGCCCCCUGGUCAAGGAAACAGGGGAAAGGAGAGUCCUUAGGAAGUCCCUGGAGACCCUGGAGGAAAUCCCACCAUGGGGGGAAAGAGGGCACCGCCAUGCACAAGAGGUCCCCACCUCCAAGGAGCCUCAGAAGGUUCCUGGAGAGCAAGCAAGCCCACACUCUCCCCAAAAGCAAGCGAGACACAAAGGGGGCUCCCAGGCCCGGCGUAGGAGAAGGGGACACUCAGGGUCCAUGCCAGUGCCUUGGGGGAAGGAGGCUCCCCUGAGCAGGGAGACAGGCCAGAGGCACAAGGCCAUGGCGCCUGCUCCCCCUGGGAGGCGAGCCAGCAGUACCAGCAGUAGCAUCACGAGUGUGAGCCCACAGGCCCCGGCAACUUUUGGAAUUGGGGCUCAGUACCAGGGCCUCGGAAAGCUGGACAUGAUGGCCAUCGUGUCCCAGUGUCACCUAGACAUCAAGCGAGGCCAAUGCACACUCGGGGUGCAGUGUGUUCCAUCCCGGCCUGCAGGAGUCGUGCCCCCUACAGCCAGAGGGCUGAGCACAGAGGUCCAGAACACCAGCCCAGGGCCCCAGGCUGCAGCUUCCUCCCCUGGCCACACCUUCCCGUGCAGUAUGCAGGACCCUGGCCUGGGAGCCUCCCCAAAACUAGGAUGGGAAGGGGUGACUGCGUCCUCCACAUCCCCUGACCCAGCGCUGCAAGGCUCGCUGCGAGUCCUGCAGAGGAAAAGGAAGCUCCAGGCAGCAGGCCAGGAGGAAGGCCCGCCAGCUCCUGGGUCCACAAGGCCCUCACAGGCUGUCACCCAGCCUCAGCCCCAGCUCCAGCACCAGCACCAAAGAGCCAGCCCCACACCCCAGGGGCAGGCCACCAGCCUGGGCUCUACCUGCGCCCCCGCUACCAUCGCCAGAGGCUCCGUGGUGUGGUACAAAUGCGCGGAGCACCCCUUUUGGCCGGCAGUGGUCACCAGUGUCAGCCUCAGCCGGCAGAUGGCCAGGGUGCUCUUGAUCGAGGCCAACCUGUGCGGGGAGCGCAGCGGCAUCCGGGUGCCUCUUGGCAGGCUGAAGCCCCUGGACUGUGAGGAGAAAGCAAAGCUCGUGCGCAGAGCCAGCAGGGCCUUCGGGCCCAGCCUCGCCUGGUGCCUCUCCCUGGUGGCCCACUACAGAGAAGGCCUGGCGCGAGGGUCUUUCCGGGGCUCCUUCCUGGAAUACUACGCGGCCGACGCCAGCUACCCCCUCCGCAGGGCUCUGCGAGGAGGACCAGGUCUGCUGCCCCUGUGCUUCCCUGAGGUCCACUACAGCGACCUAGAGGACUCUGAGGAGGAGGAGCAGGAGAAAGAGGACUCGCCACAUCCCAACCAGGCUCUGGGUUUGAAGGUGCCCCGCAAGAGGCUGCUGCCCGACCGCACCCGGGCCGUGAGGGACCGCACCAACCAGAAGAUAGUGGAUUUCAUCGUGAAGACCAAGGGCACCGACUGCCACUUGCUGGACAUCGUGCAGGGCAGGAAGCCAUCUCGCUGGCUGGAGGCCUUCUUGCAAGAGCGCAGGUACCUCGUCUGCAUGGAGACCUACCUGGAGGACGACGACCAGCUGCUCCUCGUGGCCCGACACCUGCAGCGCCUCUUUGAGCGCACUGAGGAGCCCAUGCUGGCUCUGCGUGCAGUGGACAAGGUGAGGCUGGUGAUGGAGGUGCUGCUACCAGAGGCUGUGAUCUGCUCCAUCGCCACCCUGGAGGGGCUGGACUACCACGGUGCACAGGAAAAGUUUCUGCGUGGGCCCCUGGUGCACCCUCGAGAGAAAGAGCUGUUUGACAGGAAGAUCAGGAGAGAGAGGAAGAAGAGAUCCAGGGCCAGCGAGGAGCUGCUCUGCACCCCUCCUAAGUCUGCGCCCACACCCUAGUGGGGAACCCUCCUCCUCAGUCCGUGCACAGAGAGGCUGUGCUCACAAUAAAAGCUCUGCACCCCUCC